AUGGAGAUAUCACCGCAUUUGGAGCUUCUGGCCGCAUUCUGGGGCCGAAAGGUAACCAAACAUUCUUCAAAGUCUUCUCAUGCUUCUGCUGAUGUUGUAUAUAAAUUAGAAGACACUGUCUUGAACCCUGACCCAAAUAUCAGUGGUGAAGAAAAGGGCCUGACAGUCCGAAGCUGUGAGGGGGAGGAAAUCACACAGACACUGGUGCCUGCGAGGAUCCGUCAAAUUAUUACCAAGAAUUUAACAGAAGGUGCAUCACAAGUGGCAACGACAGCAAUGACAACACAUACAGGACAACAGGAAGACAAUGUGCUCUUACAGCAGGAGCUGUCACGGGUGGAAGACCUGCUGUCUCAGACCAGGGCAGAACGGGAUGAGCUUGCUAUCAAAUACCGGGCCGUUAGUGACCGGCUAGAGAAAUCUCUGAAACUAGAGACAGUAGAACGAGAGCAGGAUGAGUCAGUGGCAGAGUUGAAACAGAGGUUUGAGGAAGAUGAGAGAGCCUACAAGAGAAAGCUACAGGCAUAUCAAGAUGGGCAGCAGAGGCAGGCUCAGCUUGUACAGAAACUGCAGAGCAAGGUCCUGCAGUAUAAGAAGAGGUGUGGUGAGCUGGAACAACAGCUGCUAGAGAAGACAUCUGAGUCAGAGCAUCAGAAGCUAUCACUACAGUCUCGUCUGGAGUCUACUGAAUCUCGUCUGCGUAGAACAGAACAUGAGCACAGUGCUAACCUGGAGAGCUCCCUGGUUCGUCUUGAAGAAGAACAACAGAGGAAUGCCAGUUUAUCACAAGUAAACUCCCUACUUCGGGAACAACUUGAACAGUUAAAACAAACAAAUCAGAGACUGAAUGACGAGGUACGCAAGGUGAGAGCAGAUUUUGACAGGGUGAGAGAAGAAACUGAGCAGCAAGAAAUGAGACUUCGCAAAGAGCAAGAGAACUACAGCUCUUACCUCAGUAAUGAGCACAGUCGAAUUCUGACUCUUUGGCGACAGGUGGCAACACUUCGAAGCAAUUUCACUGAUCUUCUUACCACAUCUCAAAGAGGACUGGAUGAAGUAAGAACUGAUAUGGCGAGGACAACCCGACGUCUCCAGACCGCUUGCUUAAACCUGGACUCAAACCUGCGCCUCUCCCAGACAAGUGCUGCAUCAUCCCUAGAGAAACAAGCCUUACAGAGUAUUCGGUUAGAGCAGCAGCUGCGUGAGAAAGUCAAGGAAAUGAUCCAACUUCAAGGCAAGUGGGAUGCUGAGAAGGCAGAGGUCAACUCCAGGAUCACAGAACUUACAGGGCAAGUAGAAAAGCUGAAGACCCAGAAUGCUGAAAAGGAUAGGGCAGUCACCAGUCUAAGACAGGACAUUGUGUUACUGGAAUCCAGCAGGGCUGGAGAGAUGACAGCUGCAGAUGCUGUAAAAGCAGAGUGUGAAUCCCUACAUCAGGCCCUACACAAUAUAACUCAGCUUGCACUGACUGAUGUCGAUGAUACAAGUAUAUCUGCUGCAGACCUAGCUGAUGAAGACUCAGGCAGACGAUCUGCUCCACUUCUGUCCUCCACUCCCCAGAGAGGAUCACCUUCACCCCACAGGGUUUUCUCUCCUGCACGAACACCAUCACCACUGCAUGGAGGCCCGUCUCAUGCCCGUGAUUCAGCUGUAGAGGUUGUGCAAAAGGCAAUGCACAAGCGCCAAGCCCAGAUUCAGGAACUAAAGACCAAGCUGGACUCCAUGCAAGAUGUGGCCACAAAAUUAAAGCAGCAGUUCAGUGAUAGUGAAACAGAGAGGAAGAAACUGGAACAGAAAUUAGACCAUAUGAAAGGUGACUGCCAGCAGUUAUUGACAGCUGAGGAGGAUGCCAAGCGGGAAACACAACGUUACCGGAUUUCACUGCAAAGCAGUAUGAGUGAGAAAGAGAACUUGGAGAAGCAGGUCCAGUCUGCCAACCAUCAGAAUGACUCCUUACAACUGGAUCUGGAGAGGCUGAGGGCAGUUAACUCAGAGCUGCAACGCCAAAGAGAUCAGCUUGAGGAUCAAAAGGAGGAAGUGCGCAAGGAAAGAGAGAGAGCUAAGCAGGAGACGGAGCGAGGGCAGAGGGCACUAGAACAGCUGGAGGAGAAGCUCUCUGCACUGAAAAAGGAAGUAGUACUAGGAAAAGAAGCCUUGAGCAAAGCCACUUUGGAGAAGGAAGUGCUGGAGAGUGAAAAGGCAGGGCUGACUGAAGCACUUAAAAAAGCUGAGAAAAACAGUGCCAUGCUUGAUAUCUUGCUGAAUAAGCUGAAGACAGAGGAGGCCUCCCUUAGGGACUCGCUUGCUAAGAUGAGCGCUCUAAAUGAAGGCUUGGCUCAAGACAAGAUAGGGCUAAACCGCCUUAUCUUACAGGCAAGUCGAACGACGGACUUGGUCACCAACGAACAACGUGAAGAAAAGGAAGAACUUAGAAGACACACGCGAAUUCCAGAGGAAAGUUCUACGUCCAAUACAGAAGGAUUAACCAUAAACAUUUCCAGGUACGCUUUGACUGAUUAUGAGAAAGCGUUAUUAGACAAAGGUUUAUCUUUUAUACCUUCAAGACAUGCUGAUUUUACUGACAUUAUAAUUGAUAUUAAGAUGUUUGUAAGAAAUUUGGGUUUGAAGUUAAUGUUUGAGAAUGAUGAAAGAACUGUAGAGAAUGUUUUCAGAAAACCUUCUGUUUUUGUACCACAAGCAAAUUCAAUACUAAAAGCUUUUGAAAAAGCAUGUGAAAGGGAUCUUUUAGAGUAUUAUAUGAAAGUGAAUGAAAAACCUGAGUUCUAUAAUUUAAGUCAUAGUGAGAAUGAAGCCUUAAAAAAGUUACAAGUUAAUAAGGAAAUAGUCAUAAGACAAGCAGACAAGGGAGGCUCUGUUGUAAAUACUAUUGGCAACAUAACAGCGGAGCUAAAAACCUUCCAUGCCAAGUUUGAGGAGGCUGUGCAGGCCCAUGAAAGAGAGAUCAAGAGUUUAAAUGAGCAGCUGCGUGACCUAGGACGACAGAGAGAGAAGCUACAGCGGGAGGCAGAAGAGUUGAAGACACAACUCCGACUUGCAGAAGAGAGUCGUGAUACACUUCGUCGUGAUCUCAUUGAAGAGCACAGGAAAGUCCGUGAGACUGAAGAGGCACAGGAACUUCUUCGAAAAGAGAUAUUAGAAAUAAGGAGAGCUUUGGCUGAUGAGAGUCGAGAGAAGGAAGCAAUUCAGAGCUCCAAUGAAGAACUAAGAAAUAAACUGAAACAGGUCGAGAGUGAGAGGAUCAGUCUAAAGAGGGCCAGUGAGGAAAAGGAUCAGAAGAUAACUGUUUUGGAGGAUGCCAAAUCUACAGUGCAGAAAGAAGCAAAUGAUCUCCGUGUUAAUCUUCGUGAGGUGGAGAAGUCUCGGCUGGAAGCUCGCAGAGAAUUACAGGAGCUCCGCAGACAGGUAAAAUUGCUGGACAGUGAGAACAAUAAGAAGAACAUGGAGAUGUCUGAACUGCAGGCCCGUGUAGCACUGGAUGAGCAACGGGAUGAAGAGAGCAGAAGAGAGUCCUUUGGUCUGAAGCAGAGGAUCGUAGAGAGUGAGGCCAGCCGUGAAUCUGCUUGCAAAGAGGUUUCCAAUUUACAGAGGAAGCUGGCAGAAUUAGAGAGUGAAUUUAAGGUACGUGAGAAGGACCUUUUAGACCAACUGGAAGAGAAUCGUAGCAGUGAGAAGAAAUGUCAUGACAACAUCCAUAACCUGGAACUCAAGCUGCAGCACACCACUGGUGAGGCUGAGGAGAUGAAGUUGCAGCUCAGUGCAAUGGAAGGCCGUAUCCAUGGCCUGGAAUCAGAGUUAGCUAAGGCCGAAGGCACAAAGAGAGACCUGGAGUAUAAGCUGAGUAGCCUGCACUCAGCUUUACGUCGUACCAUGGGAAUCAGCCGCUCAGGUCGUGCAUCAAGCCCUAGUUUCCGUGAACGCAGCCCUUCUCCUCGAAGGCCACUUUCUCCAACAAAAGGCUUUGAUAACACCUUCACAACUACAGUUGAUGGCUAUGGAAGCCUGAUCCCCACAACUGGCUCACCUGAUAGAAGCCAGUGCAGAUCUCCAUAUCGUUCACCAUCACCUGCCCGUACUGAGCAGACUGCAUAUGAUAUAGAUCCAGAGGAGGUGCGAGUUACUCUUAGGGAAUUCAUACAGGAACUUCGAGAUGCCCAGAGAGACAGAGAUGAAGCAGACAUCCAUGUGGCUAGUCUAGCACGCAAGCUGACCGAGCUAGAAGCUGAGAGGGACAGGGCCAAUACCCGCAUACUGCAGCUGCAAAAAGCAUUAUCUGACACAGAAGAAGGAAAGCGUGGAGUAGACAGUCGACUGAGCAGUAUGCAGACGGCACUCAUGCUGCAAGAGGAGACCAUCCGGCAUGGAGAGAGGGAGCGGAAAACACUGACAGAGCAAGUGGCUACAGUGGAACGCAGCCUACAGGCCACUGAAGGGGAAAAAAGGUCACUUCAGGAAAAGAUAAGUCAUCUCAGAACCAGUGAAUCCAGACUGGAGACAGAGAGACGAAAAAUGAAAGAAAUUCUUGAGGCAGCAGAGAGUCGAGCGACCAAACUGGAACUGACUCGUCGCUCAUUGGAGGGAGAACUUCAGCGUGUUCAGCUAAGUGUGAGUGAUCGUGAGGCUGAAAUCCAGUCAUUGCAGGACCGUGUUCAGAUAUUGCAAUUGCAAGUCAAUGAAGGGGACAGCAAGGCAUCCUCACUUCAAAUGACAGUGGAUCGGUUGACUGUAACCUUGGCAAAGACAGAAGAAGAGGAAAACCAGCUGAAGGAUAAGGUUCAGAGCUUGACUGCAACAAUAUCAGAUACCAGCAGCAGUGCUGCUACUCUACAGGAACACGUUUCCCAACUACAGAAGGCGCUGACAGCUAGUGAACAGGAUAAGCGGAUAUUACAGGAACGACUAGACUCAGUGCGCCAGUCCUUGUCAGACAGCAAGGCCCAGAAUCACAGCCUGUUGGAGAAACUACAGCAAUCCCAGAAUGAACAGACAGCCUUGAACUUGAAGAAUGUGGACCUGGAGGUUCAGACAAGACAGCUUCAAGAGCUUCUCCGAAAGCACCAGCAAAGUGAAGAAGAAGCUCUGAAGAGUACACAAAGUUUGCAGGAAGAGAAAUAUAUCCUCCAGGAACGUGUAGUGGGGCUGCAGAGGGCCAUAGUCCAGUUUGAGAAUGACAAAAAGGAUCUGGAACAUUCUAUACUUCGUGUUGAAAAGGACAGAUCAUCAUUGAGGAAGACAUUGGAUAAGGUGGAACGUGAGAAGAUGAAGAGAGAAGAAGAAGCCCUCCGCCUUAGCUCAGAAAAGGGUCAUCUCGACCAGUCAUUAAACAGUGUGGAACAGGAACUGACUGAUAUGCAAAAACAGGUGCAGCAGCUACAGGCCCAGGUUACAGAGAUGGAGCGAUCUCAUAGUCAACGACUGAUGGAGCUAACAGCUCGGCACAGGCAAGAGCUAGAAAUGGAGACUGAACGACUGCGUACUACCCAGCAGCAGGCAGAGCGGACACUGGAAGCUCGGGAACGUGCCCACAGACAGAGAGUUAGAGGACUGGAAGAGCAGGUAAAAUAUUUUGUCUCUACCUGA